CCGAAAAGGGGCGAGACGGGUACGCUCUGGGCUGCAGGCGGCCUCUUUGGCUUUGGAACUUGUUACCUAGAGGAUGUUGAAAUUGCUUUUAUUUCAAGAGAUCGAUAGGAAAGACAGCCCCGGCGCGCUAAAGCUCAGCUGACAGGACACAAGCUGCGCAAGUUCGAGCUUGAGAGCUACCCGGAGCCCAGGGCCGGUGGGCGUCCACCCUGCGCGCCCCGACCGUAACGCGGAAGAGUUCAUUCCAGAGUGGAGAGGGGCGCGCGCGCUGGCGGGGGCGGGGGGUCGUGCCCGAGCAUCGGCGCUGGAAACGGGCGGGAGCAUGGGGACGCAGAAGCCGCGGAUCCUGCCCUGGCUGAUCCAGCAGCUGGACCUGGGGCAGCUGGAGGGCGUGUCGUGGGUGGACGAGCACCGGAAGCGCUUCCGGAUACCUUGGAAGCACGGGCUGCGGCAGGAUGCGCAGCCGCAGGACUUCGGCAUCUUCCAGGCCUGGGCAGAGGCCAGCGGCGCCUAUACUCCCGGGGAUAGGCCCGACCUGCCAACCUGGAAGAGGAACUUCCGGUCCGCCCUAAACCGGAAGGAAGUGGUGCGUUUAGCUGAGGACCGGAGCAAGGACCCUCACGACCCGCACAAGGUCUACGAGUUUGUGACCUCAGGAGCUGGGGACAUCUCUCCCGAAGUUCAGGGGGACAGUACCUCUGAGAGCCAGCCUGGAGCUCGUGGAGGGCCGAGGGGUCCCCGCGUGGCUGAAGUCCCCAGGAAGGGCCGCGGCGCCCAGCUCCGUCUGUCCCUCCAGGAAGACGAGCUGGAGCAGCUCCUGGGCGACAUGGGCCUGGCGGCCGGCCCGGACGAGGGGCCCUGGGCUGGGGCUGUGGCCCCUGAGUGCUGCCCUCAGCUCUUGCUGAGCCCUCACCUGGACCACCCCGGCCCCUGCCCGCACCCCGCACCCCCUGAAAACCCACUGAGGCAGCUGCUGGUGCCCGAGGAACAGUGGGAGUUCGAGGUGACCGCCUUCUACCGGGGCCGCCAGGUCUUCCAGCAGACCAUCUGCUGCCCAGGAGGCCUGCGGCUCGUGGGCCCGGAAGCCGCAGCCAGGACGCUGCCGGGGCAGCCGGUUGCCCUGCCGGACCCCGGGACGGCCCUGUCUGACGGGAGCGUGAGCUGCUACGUGCGACGCGUGCUCCAGAGCCUGGAGGGGGGACUGGCCCUGUGGCAGCUGGGGCCUCGGCUCUGUGCCCGGCGGCUGGGGCACUGCCACACCUACUGGGCCGUGGGGGAGGAGCUGCUCCCCAACAGCGGGCACGGGCCCGCCGGCGAGGUCCCCAAGGACCAGGACGGAAGCGUGUUCGAGCUGGGGCCCUUCGUGGCAGAUCUGAUCGCGUUCAUGGAAGGAAGCGGACACUCACCUCGCUACACCCUCUGGUUCUGUUUGGGGGAGGCCUGGCCCCAGGACCAGCCGUGGGUCAAGAGGCUCGUGAUGGUCAAGGUCGUGCCCAUGUGCCUCAAGGCCCUGUUAGACAUGGCCAGGGCAGGGGGCGCCUCCUCCCUGGAGAACAGCGUGGACCUGCACAUUUCCAACAGCCAGCCGCUCUCCCUCACCUCCGACCAGUACAAGGCCUACCUGCAGGACCUGAUGGAGGACAUGGAUUUCCAAGUCACUGGGGAGCCCUGAGCUCUGGCUUCCACAGCAAUAAACCGGGUCCUGCUACACCA